AUAUUGAUUGGGCCCAACCAAGCCACCAAGGUCACACAAAUUAACCUCGAUGUAUCAGAGCCAGUUCUAGACAUCAUCAACUCCAACACUGAAGAGCGGGUAUAUGUCCUCACAAGCACCAAGGUUUACCUUAUAAACACCAAUCAUUGUGAGGGUAGACAGUCAUGUGACCAGUGUGUUGAUGGGAUUGACCCCUUGUGUGGCUGGUGUGUCAUGGAGAACAGUUGCACCCUGAAGGAACCUUGUUCAGCCUCUGCUUUUACACCAAGUUGGCUGCCAGCGACUGAGAAUACCUGCUUGAACAUAUCUGAUGUGGAUCCAAGCGUUAUCAGUUACCAGGCUCUACAAGAGUCCGCCAGUAAUGACAAGUUAUUGAAGUUCUCACUCGAGUCAGUUCUCCUGACCUCAUCCAAAGACCUCGACCUUGGCUGCAUGUAUAAAUCUGGGGACAUGCAGCACCGUACUCCUGCGUCCAUUUCAAAUGAUCGCCAUAUCACCUGCCCACUUCCCCAAGUGGGCAAACUUGCCAAAAUACCCCAGGGUAAGGAUCAUGAACAAGUUUCUGUACAUUUCCAUGUUAAAGGCAGAUCAAUUGUGACUAGGAGUGUCUCCAUCUACAACUGCAGUGCUCACACAUCAUGUGAAAGCUGCGCAAAAAGUACGUUUGACUGCAAGUGGUGCUAUGCUACUGGGAGAUGCGUAGAACCUCGGGUUGGAUGUGCACAUCCAGACGGAAGCACCGCAACCUGGAUAGAUGCCGCAGACAGCUGCCCUAAAAUCUGGUCACAGUCCAAAGAUUCGGGGAUACUUGUCCAUUCUGGUCAGGAGAAGCAGAUUGCUGUUCGUGUCAUGAAUGCACAGGAUGGCCAGACUUCGAAUGUGAAAUGCGCCUUUACCCAUUCUGGGAAAGUUAAAAUUGUUGAUGCCACCAUAACUUCAUCCAGUUUGACUUGUAAUUCUCUUCAGUUCAGCUUUGAUGGGGACAGUCCAUAUGCGAUUGCAGAUUUCAGAGUGACGUGGGGACCACUGAAUUUACCCCUUGAUAACCCUAGUGGAAUUCAAGUGCGUAUAUACAAGUGCCAACAGAUGGUGAGCUACUGUGGCCAGUGCCUCUCUAUGGACGAGGAGUAUGAGUGUGGCUGGUGCCAGGGCUCCUGUGGGGACACUAAAAAGUGUGAAGGAAAAUGUAUGCUACAGAAACAUUGCUCCAGCAACUGGCUGGAUCGAACGGCGACUUGCCCAAACCCACAGAUAACUAGAUUCAGUCCCACGACUGGUCCAAUCAAAGGCUCCACUUUGGUCACAGUUACCGGGAUAAAUCUGGGGAAACGCUACACUGACAUCAGUGCAGAAGUGGCUGGUAAGCCAUGCAGUGUCAAGCCAGAUCAUUACCAGCCUGCCACCAGGUUUGUGUGUGAAGCAGGACAAGUAGACGUUGAAAGCAGUGGUGUCAUCUCUGUGACUGUAGAUGGACAGUAUACUGCGAAAUCUGAUUCCGAGUUUGUCUUUGUGGAUCCAGUAUUGACAUCCCUGAUUCCAAAUUCUGGCCCAGUUUCUGGGGGAAUAGUGGUGACCUUGAUUGGAGAUCACCUUGACUCAGGAAGUGAUGUCACUGUCAAAAUGGCUAGUGGCCUGUGCCAAGUUGUAAAGCAAAACAAAACUGCUUUGGAAUGCAGAGUACCAGCCCUGACCAGCAAAACUGUCAGUGAGAAAAUUGAAGUCACCUUUGGGGGAUAUAGAAAGGAAGUUCCUGAGGCAUUCACUUACAAACCAGAUCCCACAAUUUCCAUGAUUGAACCACUGAAAACAAUUCUGAGUGGUGGUACAUCUAUAACAGUGAGAGGAGAUGGCCUGAACCUCAUUCAGAAACCAGAGUUUGUUACUACAUAUGGAGGAAUGUUCUUUAGAGAGGGUUGUGAAGUAAUGAGUGUGAACAUCAUGGAAUGCAGGGUCCCAGCGAUCAACUCACAAAAUAUCAACAUCACCGAGACAAGUCCACUGGAAGUACACUACUCGUUCAAAAUGGCCAACAUAACAUCUUUGAGAAAUAUUUCCCAUAAUGCCACCUUCGGACCACUGAUGUAUUACCCAGAUCCUAGUGUAGCAUAUUUUGAAGAGGAAGACAGGACUAAGACAUUUCAUGAGGCUGAUUUACUCUCAAUACAGGGCCGUUUCCGAAUGGUGAAUGUACUGAUGGCUAGUGUACGAGUGUUUGUGGGAGAUGAACCUUGUAGCGAGACUUCUGCCAGUGAUUUGGCUAUCACCUGCAAGCCACCUACAAGUACACCUAAAGGAACAGACGCCUCAGGAAAGGCACCUGUAACUGUGACAAUUGGCAAUAUGAGAUCAGUACCUGGCUACCUGCGCUACUUCCUGCCCAGCGAGAGCAGCAGACCAAUCACUUUAGGAGUAGUUCUCGGAGUUGUAUUGCCCAUACUGUUCAUUGUUGUACUGCUGACUAUUUGUAACUUCAUUCCUGAUGUCUUGAAAGAUUACGAGGGGAAAAAGGAGGGAGAAGACGAGGAGGAAUUGAUUGGCAUGGAUAAUAUUCCUGUCAAAGUGGACAUGAAUGGAGGAGGACAAGCAGACAGGAACUCCGAUUCUACUCCGUAUAUUAACGAACUCCUGGCAAAGUUUGAGGAGCCAGCACUGAAGCAAAGCAUGGCAGCAGCUCUCAUUUCCAGACGAAGAUUAGAUAUUGGAGACUUGAUAGGGAAAGGUUAUUACGGUGCAGUCUACAAGGCACUUUAUACACACUCUGAUUCUGACAAGCAGGCAGAAGUAGCAGUUAAAACAUUGCAGGCACGCCGGUCUGAAGCCGAGGCUUUGCAGCAGUUCCUACAAGAUGUUGCCUUGGUACGGGACUUGUCCCAUCCUCAUUUACUGCGGGUUGUGGGCGCUGUCAUCAGUUCCAGUGAUGAUCCCAUCGUUGUGAUGCCUUUCAUGGCUACAGAAGAUUUGGGAUCAUAUAUUAGAGAACCCGCCAAGACAUUAAGCCUGGUUGACCUUUUGACCUAUUGCCACCAAAUAGCAGAUGCCAUGGCAUACUUGGAGAAUCUCAAGAUUGUACAUAGAAAUCUGGCAGCUAGGAAUUGUAUCAUUUUAGAAGAAGACAGCAAAGAACCAUCCAUAAAGCUGACUGAUUAUGUAGUCACAGCAAGCCUUUUCCCUAAAGAGUUCUAUAAUGGAGACGAUGGAGUGUCUGAAUUAGUUCGAUGGAUGGCACCAGAAACUGUUGAAGAUUUCACCUUCUCUUCACAUUCUGAUGUUUGGUCAUAUGCAGUUGUAAUGUGGGAGGUGCUUACACGAGGUGUUGAACCAUAUCCUAACACGCAAGCUGCUGUUGUGGUUUCCCUUGUCAAGGAGGGAAAGAGACUGCCAAAGCCAAAACACUGUCCAGAGACUGUAUACCAGAUUAUGUUGAGGUGUUGGACAAAGUCUCCUGAAAGUCGACCAACCUUUGUACAGUUGCUGGAACAAUUAAAGCCUUAUGUUGCCUCCGGAGACCGGAAUGGUGGAGAAAAGUCACAGCUUGUGACUUCCCCAGUGGAUGUAGGAGGAAGUGAUGAAUACAAACAGCUGUCCGGCUGA